AUGUGCGUCGCGGCGGCAGGAGGCUACUGGAUCAAGGCCAUCCGCUGCGACAAGGGAGGCGAGAACACCGGAUCCGAAUUUCGGGACUACUGCAAGAAUUCAGCUAUCAAGCUCGAAUACGCCGCCACCAACACCCCUCAACAAAUUGGUGUAUCGGGACGGGACGGACAAUCCCUGGCCGAAGUCACCCGGUGUCUUCUGAAGGAUGGAGAUUUUUCGCCGUCCAUGUGGGGGGAGUUAAUGCUGACUGCAGCAUACCUGUUGAACAGGUCCCCACACUCAGCACUGGGAAGAGCUACGCCAUACUCGAAGUUGUACAAUAAGUCACCUGAUCUCUCGGGACUUCGGGUCAUUGGAGCGCGCGCCUUCGUACACCGCGAGAUACCGAAAGAAGCUGGACGACAGAGCUUUCGAAAGCAAGCUUUGUGGUUUCGGCCUCGACAGCCAGACCUACCGGUGCCCUUCCAGUAUUCCACUGAAGCAAACGGGUACGAGAGCGACGUGCUGAGCUUCACCUCCCUGCUGGACAGCCCCCACUCGACGAGCAACCUGGACUUCACGGCGCAGAACGAACUCUUUCGGCAAGAAGUCCGGAAGAUGCAGCAAGACAAUCUCGCUCGGGAGAAGCUUCGCCUAGAACUGAACGGGCACGAGGACGAACAUGGAAACCGGCAAGAUCUCGGCGACGGGGACGCUCCAUCACCACACCUCCCAUCGACGCCAGCUGGAUCGUCAUCCGAGACCCACGCAUCUAGCCCCAGUCCAUCAUCGUCGAACCCGACUGAACCGGACACUUCUGCAUCAACUGGAUCCUCCGGCAUGCGGCUCCUGCAGGUCACCAGAGCCAGCACGCGCGGGAAGCCCACCAGCGACGAUCAUAUCGACGUCAACUUGGUUCCUGCCAAUCUGGAAGUCACCAUGAACGACCGCGGUCGAGCCCAUGCUACAACGGGCCGCGUAGAGCCAUCCGGUCUUUCCUUCACUCAGCUGGCUGAGAUAGCCGAUCAAGCCCAGCUCCCAUGCCCUGGCGAUACUGAGGAUUUCGCCCACGUUGCGGAAGACCCCUUCACGGUGCCGCGUGCUCACGCCUACGUCACGACCACUCACGAACACCACGGGAUCUUGGAGGAGACGAAUCAAGCGAUCAAAAUCCCCAACACCUACGACGAAGCCAUGAGCUCUCCCCAGCGCGAAGAAUGGAAAGGAGCGUGCAGCAAGGAAAUGGACAAUCUGCGGAAACACAACGUCUACAAUCUGGUGCCCCUCAGCAGCGUUCCCAAGGGAGAAAAGAUCCUCGGAACGAAAUUCGCCUUCAAGAGAACGCUGGACGGACGCUUCAAAGCUCGCCUGGUAGUCGGAGGACAUCGUCAAGAGCCAGGACAGGACUACGGACGCAGCUACGCACCAGUAUGCCGUAUCGGGAGCAUUCGCAUGACGUGCGCCAUUGGCUGCCACAACAACUGGCCCAUCUACCAACUGGACGUUGUCGGUGCCUUCCUGAACGCCCUCUGCGACAGAGAUGUGUACGUCAGACCCGCCCCCGGUACAUCCGCCAAGAACUACGCGACGGGAGAACCCAUGAUGUACGAACUAGAACGGAGCCUCUACGGCCUGUCGCAGUACCCUGCGCUCUGGAAGGACACCCUGGACGAAUCCCUCACGGUGUUCGGAUGGAAAAGGACUCAAUCCGACCCCUGCGUGUACGUGUAUACCAGCGGCAACAUCAUCGUGAUUCUCACGGUCUACGUAGACGACAUUCUCAUCACAGGAGGAGACCAGCAGCUCGUGGACCAGAAGAAGAAGGAGCUCACGGAUCGAUUCGAGAUGACCGACAUGGGAGAGGUAAAGCGGAUCCUCGGGAUCGACGUGCAGCGGGACUACGAGCAAGGAACCCUGGCCAUUUCACAGGAGCACUACGUGAACACACUUCUGGAGCGGUUCGGAAUGCAAGAGGCCAACCCAGUGAGCACUCCUGGAUACGGAGCGGAAAUCUCCACGAAUCAACCUCAGGACCAAAUCCUAGGACCCACGGACAAGAAAAUCUACCAGUCGAUGACAGGAAGCAUCCUCUACCUGGCCCAGUGCACGCGAUUCGACCUCUCCUACGCUGCCCUACAACUUUCCAAGGCCUGCAGCAACCCAGCGCAGGUGAACAUGACAGCAGCCAAGCACGUUCUGCGAUACCGUCGGGGUAAUCCAGUUCUUCCUAUCGUCUCCAAGAGAGGACAUUUUCGGCUAGUGGCGUUAACGGGUUCAUCCUUCGGAGCAAACCCCGGCAACGGAAGAUCUACCACGGGAUAUCUCUUCUUUCUGGCUGGAGGACUCAUCAGCUACGGUGCGAAGACUCAAACUCUAUCCGCUCACAGCACGGUCGAAGCCGAGAUUCAAGCACUUAGCUACUCAGCCAGAGAGGCGGUCUACAUCUCAAAUUUUAUGACGGAACUCAACUUCAAGACCUUCGGAUAGGUUCCCAUCAACAGCGACAGCACCGGAGCGCUGACAGUGGCCGGGAAUGCCAUGCACUCUCAACGCACGAAGCACGUGGCCCUGAGGUACUUUUUCAUCAGGGAGCUAGUACUAUGGGGACAUAUCACUCUUCACCACCGGCCCAACGAGCACCAGGUGGCUGAUAUCGCGACCAAGUACCUCCCAAAGCACCGAUUCGCCUCCAUCAUUCAGCAGAUCAAGGAUCUUUCGUGUUGAUCGAAGAUCUGUGAAGCUUCCUUCCAUACCCGCCAUACCAGAAGGAAUUUAUUCUCGAUACGAUGCCAACGAAGGGGUUGAGGUAGACAAGGAUAAUGUGAUGCCGUCCACCAUUGUGAAUGAGUUGCUUGAUC